CCGCUCUGCAGUCGGAAAAACAAGACACGCCAUAUUGACAAUUUUUGAAGAGAAGUGCUACAUUUCUGGGGAGAAAAUGACUAAAUAUCUUUGUUUUUCAGGCUGGUUUUUGUCAACGGCAGACUCUAAGAUGGCGCACACUGGGGCUACAGAAGUGUCCCCCAUGGGGGAUUGUUCCUCCGAGCAGGGGUCUAGUGUCUGCCUGCGGAGCCGGCCGUGCUCCAGUGAGAGAGACGGUCGUGUGCGGGCUGUCAGAGUGGCUCUUCUGUCUAAGCUGGGACCCUACGAACCCGUUUUGACCUAUCUUCAGUCUGUUCUAUUGUGGGAAAGACCCUUUCACAGUGUCCUCCUUUACAUUGUUGUCAACAUUGUAUUCUGGUUCUUUGCGCUGACGUCCCUGCGGCUGCUGUUCCUGCUGGCUAUGGGCCUGGCUUUGCUUGUAUUUGCCGAUACCUGGAGGAAUAAGAUCUGGCCAAAAAUUAGAGUCAGAAAAUUGGAAGAAUCAGAAAAUGAGAGCUGGGGUCUGGUGCAGCCUGGCAUCCUCAGUGUGCCUGAACUGUGCCACCACUUAGCAGAGGCCUGGGUCAGCGCAUCAGUUUUUACAUCCACUAUGGCGCAAUAUAAACGACAAAACCCUGGCAAUUUCUGCAUCCUGAUCUGUGGAGUUUUCUUCUGUUUGGCUAUGAUUGGACACUACAUUCCUGGAUUAGUGCUCUCCUACUCUGCAUUGUUGGCAACUCUCCUGACACCAUUGGCUGCCUACCACCGGGUUUUUCAGUGUGUGUAUGUCAAGCUGGAGCCAUUCCUGCAGCGACUAGACUUCAGUGUUUGUGGAUAUAUGAUGUCAAAGCCCAUUGAUAAUCAGUUCCUUCGAAGGUCGGUACGUGGUGCAGCCUCCGAUGAAGCGAGUGACAGUGAGGAAGAGUUGGCUGCGUUUUGCCCAAAAUUUGAUGAUGAGGUUGCCGCUAAGGAACUUGCACUGACUGAUUCGGAGCACUCUGACGCUGAGGUGUCCUACACUGACAAUGGAACCUUUAAUCUGUCACGGGGUCAGACUCCACUCACAGAGGGCUCUGAAGAUCUGGACAGACACAGCGAUGCCGAGGAGUCUUUUGCUCAAGACCUCCCAGACUUCCCGUCCAUAAACCCUGACGCCACUUUGAUGGACGACGACGACGACACAAGCAUUGGGCUACCUAGCCUGGGUCUGUCUGGCUUGGCGAGUCACCGCACCUCGGUGCUAGAUGUGGAUGCACAUCUGGACUCUGACCAGGAGGAUGCAGAACUUUCCCUCAGUGGCCUCCCAACCGCCUCAGAUUUCAGUGGGGAGUUAGCCGGAGUCAUUGCCAGCAACAUGAUCCAGGCAGCGCUAUCUGGGGCGUUGCAGCCUCGGCCUUCUGUCACCCAGCGUAGACAAGGCCACCCUCGGGUCGUUCAGCACAAAAGUUACCGCAAACAAUCCAGCUCUGAAUUUGACACAGACUUGGAUGCAGAAGACUUUGAAAUGCUGGAUCAGUCUGAACUGAACCAGAUGGAUCCAUUUGGAGGAGAAAGUUCGAAACGAAGUGAGAGUCAGGGGUCUAAUUUCUUAUCAAACCUGCUUGGUAAACAACAGUGAAGAGCUUGUGCUGCUGUGUGUUCUUUCUGCUAGGCAGAAUAAUAAAUGUUGACCAGUGUGUGAGAUAAAUUUAGGUUCCAGCAGUCCUGCUUUUGGUAGGCAACAAUUUCUCACUGUGAAGUAUUUCAUAUUUUUUCCCUUUUCCUACUUUUCUUUUCCUUCCUCUUCAAGUCCGAUCAGCGAUAACUUUUUAUUUGUAGGCUGAGCAAUAGGAAAUACAAAAACAAAAAUACAAUGAGACAUUUGAUACAACAGCAUUGUCAAAUAGAAAAAUUACACUCUCAAAACUUACAGGAGUGCACAUUAAACCUUUUCUACUUUUGAAUCGAUAAAAACAGGGCUUUUUAACAUAGGACCAAAUAUGAUAUUCCUGUUGCUUGAGCUGAGCCAUGUUUAAUACAGACAUUUUGGAUAGUAGUUAAUGUUAGUUUUUUUAGGUCAUUACAGUAGUUAUCCAUCUUUCAAGAGACAGCAUUGUAAUUUCUUGACAUGACAUAAUUAUAGGAGCUGCAUUUAUUUUUAUGUUGCAUAUUUUCAAAACUUAAUUUAAGUAUUUUAAAGACUUUUUCUUUCUGUUGAUUCAUAUGAAGACAUCUUCAGCAUUUCUGUUCUUGUGGAGGCUUAUUUUACCCCAUAUUACUGUCUUAACUGAGCCAGUAAAGUCCUGAUAUAUUUUAUUUUAGUUAUCAGAUUUUGUUCUAAGGCAAAAGUUAUUUACUGUUUAUGUGAAUAAGUUCACAGCUGUUUUCAUUUUCCUUUCCUUUUCCUGCUCUGGUUUAAUACCUCACAACCCAUUUGAUAUUAUUUAAGGCAGAAAAAUAUCUUACAUUGUGUCCUUUUUUUAAUUUGGAACCAUGUUUACAUCAAAAUCUUUUUUUAAAGAUUAUUAUAAAAGUUUAAAGUGAUUUUAUAUAGGUUUGUGUGAUUGUUCUCCAUGAUGGUGAAAAUAUGGCACUUUAAACCAGAAACGUUCUGAUUUAUUGAAUCUUCUAUCCUGUUUUAACAAAAAAAAAUAAUUGCUACUUUAUUCUGAAAAAAACUAUCCUGUUUAGAAAAGUUUUCAGUACUAUUAAACAACAACAAAAACAGAUCUUCUUUCAUGAAGCUGAAGUUGGAAAAACAAUGCACUGAUUCAUGACUGAGAUGCAUUUCUUUGGCUUGUUAGAUUUGGGUGUUAAUGUUCAGUCAAGCUGCUCCAUGAAAAGUUAAGUCCUCGAUAUUCUAUAGUCUGUUCAGUUAAUGUGCAUAGUGUUGUAUUUUCUUCUCCAUAUCUGGUUUUGAUAUAUUUUGAAUAAAUUGUUUGGAAUUAA